AAAGGGGAGGGAGUGAAAAGUUAUUUUUGGUUGUUAAUAAAAUGCAUUAAUAUAUUAUGUCAUCCUCUUAAUUUUCAAUAAUUUUAAUGAUUACUAAAUUGAUAAUAUCAUACUGUGAGGGGUACUUUUGGGAAUAUGAACGUUACCCUAACCACCACCCAAUUUUAAUUUGUAAUAUGAGACAAAAUUAAAUACAAAAUUAUCGACUUUGGUACUCAUGUACACUCUUGUUUUACUCCCGAUUUAUAAGAGUUGAUUGGCCGUCAUUUUCCUCUGUCUCAAACCACCGCAACUUGCUUUGCUUCCCCCAUUUUCUGGGUUUUUCCUUUACUUCUCAAGAUAAUUCCUACUUAGGAGUAAAUAUCCACUGCUUCCUUCACCGAAAAAAUUAACCUUUGCUUCCUAGAAUGAUGUAAACUAUAUACUUCUACAUAUUUAAUUUGUAAUUAUUUUGAAUUUUCCUCAAUAAUUAGUGUUGAUUUUCAACGCUCUCCCUCAACACUAACUCUUUAUGACGAUAUUUUCCGUAAUGAUGGUUAUGUACUCGUACAAAAGCCGCCAUUACUUCCUUAGGAGAUUAAUUUUUCUUCACGCUAAAAAUGUUCUACACCAAUUUGGCCACGCAUUUGGUGAUUGUAGCCGUUUCAGGAAAUGGUUUCAAGAAUUGACGUGUCACUAGCCGGCUCUACUGAUCCAAAGCGUUGUACCAUGGCUUUAGAAGUCCGCGAGAUUGCACGGAGGACUAAAUGCAGGCAGAGGGCCAUAUGACAGUGCGCCAAUCAAGGACUGGGCUGACAAGGCAGAUGAGUGGCAACAAGCAGCACUUCAGUCGCGGCUCGGUAUACCGCUCAUACUGGGAGUGGACGCAAUUCACGGCCACAAUAAUGCCUAUGGCACUACCAUCUUUCCGCACAAUAUGGGGCUAGGUGCCACUAGAGAUGCAGAGUUAAUCCAAAGGAUAGGAGCAGCAACUGCUUUGGAGGCCAGGGCAGGUGGCAUUAAUUACGCUUUUGCUCCUUGUGUUGCCGUCGUUAAAGAUCUGAGGUGGAACAGAUGCUACGAAAGUUACAGCGAGGACCCGGAAAUCGUGGGAAGGAUGGCGUCCAUAAUUACCGGCCUGCAAGGGCUUCCACCAGCUGAGCACCCAAAGGGCCACCCUUUUGUCACCGGAAGGAACAACAUGAUCGCGUGUGCGAAGCAUUUUGUUGGAGAUGGAGGCACUGAAGGAGGGAAAAACGAGGGGAAUACGAGAACGAGUUACGAUGAGUUGGAGACGGUCCACAUGGCCCCUUACCUUGACUGUAUCUCUCAACAUGUUUGCACUGUCAUGGCUUCCUACUCUAGCUAUAAUGGGCACAACAUGCAUUCUCAUAAGCUUCUUCUGACCGAUGUUCUGAAGAACAAACUCGGGUUUAAGGGAUUCGUAAUUUCUGAUUGGGGAGGCAUUGAUAGACUCAAAGACAAUGGGGACCCAGAAGGGGCAGAAUAUCGUGUAUGUGCUGCUCUCGGAAUCAAUGCGGGAAUCGACAUGGUUUUGGGCCCUCUUGACCUUGUAAAAUUUCAAGAGGACUUGAUAUCACUGGUGGAGGCAGGGGAAGUGCCAAUCUCGAGGAUUGAUGAUGCCGUGGAGAGGAUACUCAAGGUGAAGUUUGCUGCUGGAAUUUUUGAACACCCUUUCUCCGACAGGUCAUUGCUAGAUCUUGUAGGCUGCAAGCUGCAUAGAGAGAUAGCGAGGGAGGCAGUGAGGAAGUCCUUGGUCCUGUUGAAGAAUGGGAAGGACCCGGAAAAGCCUUUACUUCCAUUAGACAAGAAUGCCAGAAAAAUUCUUGUCGCGGGAUCGCACGCAGAUGAUCUUGGUUAUCAAUGUGGGGCUUGGACUGUAAGCUGGACUGGAGGCAGUGGCAGGACAACAAUUGGGACCACCAUUCUUGAUGCGAUUAAACGAACAGUUGGACCUGAAACAGAAGUCAUAUUUGAGCAAUGCCCAUCAGCGGACACAUUAUCAGCUCAUGAUUUUGCAUUUGCCGUUGUGGCUGUAGGUGAACCUCCAUAUGCAGAAUAUAUCUGCUCGAAGACCAAACUUGUUAUCCCUUCUGAUCUAGCUGAUAUGAUAUGUUCAGUUGCUGAUAGAGUACCAACACUUCUUGUUUUGAUCACUGGGAGACCUAUAGAGUUAAAGCCAGAGAUGCUUGAGAAGAUUGAUGCUUUGGUUGCUGCUUGGUUGCCUGGGACUGAAGGAAAUGGAAUUACAGAUGUAGUUUUUGGAGAUUAUGACUUCGUGGGACGAUUACCUGUCUCGUGGUUCAAGACGCUUGACCAAUUGCCGAUGGAUCCCAGUGCUAACUUAUACGAUCCUCUGUUCCCAGUUGGCUUUGGAUUGACACACAGCCCAAAAAUAAAAACCAACAGCAUUUAGGCCACGGAUUGGGCAAUAAGUUUCGCUUCUAUGACAUGACAUGCAUUAAUUAUAUUCCUCAAUAUUAAUUUGGAUAUAUAUGUUUGCUUUUAAUUUUCAAAUAAGUGUGUUCUAUCUGAUCACCAUUACAAAAUACCCCAGAAGGUUGUGUAAGUCAUCAUUUACGGAGUUCAAUGUCUAUUGAUCAUCGUCAAUGUAACAUAUUUGGUCUAUCAUUUCUUAUAUAUAUAUAUCUAUUCC